CGACACUCUCUAAGAUAUCGAGAUACCGUUGGGUGCUGGCAGUCUACGCUGUGCUGCGGGGAUACGGACCGGGUUUAUAGAGACAAACGAAGAGGAGCGGAAAACGUAAAAUAUAGAGGAGUAGAAGAAUAGUAUAGAAAGGGAGUGAAAGAAGAGGAAGACGAAAAUAAGAGAGAGAGGAGAAGGAAGAAAGAAAGACAGAAGAAGAAGAAGAAGAAGAAGAAGAAGAAAGGGAACUCUGCACCAUCUGUAAUCUCUCGCGAUGUGGUCGACGAUCGCGCAUGCGCAUGCGCGCGUUUGUUUCCUGUUCGUUGUCGGAUUGCUCGGCGUUGCGCAAGCUGGUGCGGUGCAGAAGCGUUUCGGCGUGCCAGUGGCCGCCGAGGACGCAUGCAACCCGUCGCUAGGCAACGCGACGUUUGCCGCAGAUGCGUCCGACUGUCAGCUGUUCUACAUGUGCGUGCACGGAUGGCCGCAGCUAUCGUUCUGUCCGGCCGACACCAUCUUGUCGCAGACGUCGGCACACGUCGGCCGCUGUGAGACGGCCGUGCGGGCCUGUCAACGACACGUCUGCGGACACGUUCCGCCCCGACCGCCAACCUGGACAGCGAAUACGUGCAGCGCAGUAAUCGAGGAAGGCUACUCACAAUGCGACUUCCACUGCGUCGCGAGUCCGGAGUGCAUCGCCUGGCACGCACGCUGCGACGGCAUCCGCCACUGUCGCGACGGCUCAGACGAGAUCAACUGUGCCUCACCAUGUGACCCUCAGGUAUGUCGUUUGCCGCACUGUCGGUGCGCUGGUGCGGACAUUCCUGGAGGGCUGCUGGCUAGAGAGGUGCCGCAACUUGUGCUCAUGACGUGGGAGUCAGCCGUACGACUGGAGGAUUACAACCACCUACUGCAGCAGAUUCUGAAACGCGUUGGACGAAACAGAAGGCGGGAGCCGAGGCGAAACCCUAACGGAUGUCCGAUUACAGCUACGUUCUUCAUGGAGCAUCAGUUUACCAACUAUGCAGCCGUACAAGACCUUUACGCUGCUGGGAACGAGAUUGCACUGCUGUCGAUCAGUAAAACCGCGCAGACUGAGUACUGGAAGAACGCACCCCAGGAGACGUGGACGCGUGAGUUCGCCGACCAGCGAACCAUCGUCAGCUCGUUGGCCAACGUGAAGCCAGUCGACGUCGUCGGCAUGCGCGCCCCCUUCCUGCAGGUCGGCGGCGACGAUCAAUUCGCCAUGCUCUACGAUAAUAACUUCCUGUACGAUAACUCCAUGCCGACGCCGAAUAUCGAGCCGCCGACGUGGCCCUACACGCUCGAAUACCGCUCGACGCAGCCUUGCGUCGUGCCGCCCUGCCCGACGCAGUCGUUCCCGGGCGUGUGGGAGGUGCCGCUAGUCGACUGGCUGGACACCAACGACACGCUGUGCGCCACAGUCGACAACUGCUUCAUGCCGCGAGAUGGCGCUGAGAGUCUCGAUCUGCUGCGCUCCAACUUCGCGCGUCAUUACCAUGGCAACCGCGCUCCGUUCCCGCUGCACCUGCGCGCGCGCUGGUUCAUCGAGGGCCACUACAACAUCGAAGCGUUGGAGACGUUCCUCGACGAACUGGCGACGAUGAGCGACGUCUACGUCGUGACGAUGAGCGCUGCCGUCGCCUGGGUUCGUCAGCCGACGCCCCUGCGCAGGCUCGCCGCAAGUCGUCUGCUUAGCUGCGAUCAGAGAAGCGAGCCGACAUGCCGCCGACCAAUCACGUGCGCGUACUACAACGUGACGCACGCUCCAAACAGCGUCGAUCACCCAGGCGACCGAUACAUGGAGACAUGUGCUACCAUCUGUCCGCCACGCUACCCGUGGGUGGGAAACCCGCUCGGCGCGCGCCAGUGAGAGUGCGUCAUUAACGUGUUACAAUUACUGUUAAUUACCGAUUAAUUAUUUAUAUAAUAAUGUUAGUAUUUAUGAUAUUGGGGUAUUUAUAUUAAUAUCUUAUCUUAGGUAUAGUUGCCUACAAUAUAUAGUAUUGUCUGUAUCGCAUUUUCCUUGAUGACGUGUGUAUUUGCGUCGUGUAUGAGUAUUCCAGUACGGCAUCUGACGUAGGUGUUUACGUAAACUGUAUGUUCUGUUGGCAUGUUGGUUCUAAAUUCAUUAUUUCUGUGGCUCUGGUUGGAUUCCUGUUUCAUUGAUAGCUUGAUACAUUAUAACUUGUAUUACGUGAAGGUCUAUUCUGUCUAGCGCUAAUUUAAUUAUAUGAAUAUGAUAUUUAGCUGUAAUAAAUUUCCAAAACUAUUCAUGGUAAUUACACUGAG